UUAACAUGGAACCUCCCUCUCUUUUUCCUUUCAAGUCGCGUCUGCUCUCAGUGCCAAUCUGCCUUUACGAACCCGAGAAUCGCCUCUGAAAGAUCAUCUGGCUGCACCUUGUCAUUUCACUGAAGAACUCGAACGAUUAGGCGCCCUCGAGGACCCACUUACAGGAGUCAGCUGCAGCCGGCACAUGUGAUCCUUCUCCCCCCAGGCUGCCAACAGCAACCCAGACUGGACAAGAAGGGAACAGCAGAGAAGGUCGCUCACGAACUUCGAAAUCACACCAUGGCUAUCGCCGUUAGCUCGUCCAGCAUCAGCCCGCCCGAUGUGAGAGCUAUCGUGGCUCCCGUCUUAGCUACUCUGCCAGCUGCGGCACUGUCAACGCAGCCCGCUCCCAUAAUACUGCCGCUGCUCUCGCCUAUACUCAGACAGCGCGUCCAGUUAUUAUCCUCCUCCAGCACGGAUCCGUGGCUUCGUCUUCUGUCUUAUGACACUUCCAAGGUCCCCAAGCUGACCGAGAUCGCCCAGCGUGGAACGCUGGAGCCGCAUCCCGUCUCCGGGGAGAUCGAGGUUGACUGGGACUAUGAUGCCCAACUUAGAUUUCAAAGGCUGGAUAAGGAGACCCUCCACGCCUUAGUCGUCCUUGAGGCAUUCGAUCUCUUCUUCCGCCUCGUAUAUUGCGUAGGGGAUAAAGAGGGGGGCGGCGAUGGGUGGAGGGUAGGUGAGGUCGGCGUCGCAAGUGAUCCGUCUAUCCUCUCGUUGUUCGGCGGCCAGACAAGCGUCGACGAGGCCGAGCGGCAGUUCGAGGCUUCUAGUCCAAGCAGUCAGCCACCGAAGGCAAACGGCGCCAACAGGCUGUAUGAACCCGAAUCGAGCGAGGAAGACGGCGACGAAGACGAAGACGACGACGACUAUUGGGCACGGUACGACGCAACGCCUGCACGCACGCCGGCCACCAAAAGAUCGCCCGCGCCGCAAGCGGCGCAAUCGAACCCAAACCGGAGCACAUCCGCGGAGGACGCAUACUACGCGCAAUACGACUCGGUCCAGCCGGCCAUGGACAACGACGACCCCGACGAGCACCAGGUCGCGCAGGCCCAAUCCCAACCCCCCCUGGGGCUCGCCAGGCCCUCGGCAUCGAGAUCAAACGGCAGUCUCGAUCCGGCCGACCCCGACGAGGCAAACGGCGGUGCCGGGACGCAGCCGGACCCCCGGCCGAGGUCCCUCUCGGAGUCUUCCCGCCGGGCAGAGGAGGAAGAGCGGGCUGCGGUCCUCGUGCACCCCCGGCCGGCCUCCAGCGCCAGCUCCAACGGGUCGCUGUCGGUCGCCAAGCUCGAGGAGGCGGCCGGGAGGCGGGAGCAGGGCGAGUUCGGCGUCAAGCAGCACGUUUCGAGGAGCAUUAGGAGCCUCUUCCUGCUCUCGCGGGCAUCGGGCAUCGAUCGGGAGGAGUUCGAGCGCAUGGUCCGGACGGAAUUGGAUAUAUUGGGCAUGGUGGAGGAUGAUAUCUGAUUGUGUUAAAUCUCCCGGUUCUUUUUAUGGUUGUGUAUUCACGUGCUGGGCAUGCAUUUUCGGUGUCUGGAUGGCCUGGUCUGCAUUCUGUGGUGUUCUGUGGCGCGUUUUACACCAUGUUUCUAGAAAUGGUCAGCGUUAUAUCCAACCGCGAACUCUCCCAACAGUUGCCUCCU